AUGUUUCCAAGAACAAAGAUACCUUUAAAGGGUGUUCGUUUGACACUUAAACAGGCGUCUAGUAAAGGGAGGACUUUUUCUUCGAAGCCGCCGAAGACAGAGGAUGGUGUAUAUUCAUAUUCGGGGUCACAUAUAAGUUCCCAUUCACACUCGCCACCUCCGCCAACUAUAAACAAACACAAGAAUAAAUACAUACCGUUUAAAGAUUUCCCCAAGGCACCUGAAAGCAUAUUAAAACAAUCGGCGGAAGAGCUAUUUUCAAAUAUCAAUAUGAAACCAACAGUACAGAGCACCGGAAAUAAGGGUAAUUUUGUAGAUUUCUCGAUACCAGACAAAUAUCUUAAGAGUCAGAUGAAGGAUGAAGUGACAGAAAAGGACAAGGCAUUAGUAGAGGAGCUCGAUAACUUUUUGAAGUCCAACGAUCAACUUGAGCAAGCACAAUCACAGUUAAAUUUUAUCAAAUUAUAUUACGACCAGGAUACCAAUCUGUACCAGCCAUUACCAGAACAUACGUUAAAAAAGUCCUUAUCGGGGAUGAUUAAUUUAAAUCCAUCUUUGAACGAUAUUGACGAUGAAUAUUUAUGGAAAUUAAUUCCCAAGGACAAGACUUUUGGUAGUCCUCCUUUUGAGCAGUCCUUAACUAAGGAUGGGUUCAAACAAUGGGAAAAAGAACAGAUACAGAAGCAUAAAGCAGAAAUAAAGGAAGAAGAAAGCAACAAUAAGGAAUUUGAAGAUUUUAAACAAUUAUUGCAUAACUCGAAGACGUUUUUUAAAGUAAAUUCUAAUGGUCGCAGAAAGUUGGAUAGAAAAUUAUUGAAAAAGUACAAGCAGUUAAAGCAACAAGGUAAAAUUCCUAAAGAUUUCAACUUGAUCAAGUUUAAUGAUGAUAAUGAUUUAUAA